UCAGUUUCGUGAGAGGUUAGCCUGACCUGGCCUCUGAACUGAAAAGAUAUGAAUAGUUCAUUUACAAGGUUGAUUCUUAUCGAAACUUUCAGUACGAGAUAAAUACUUUUAGAGUUCAUACCACAACUUAUCUACUGAAAUGAUUCGCUCAAUGUGUCUCAGUUUUGUUUUUCUCUGUUUUACAAUAAGCCAUGUUUACGGAAAACUGGAAAACGACAGAAUUGAUUUAAAAAUCAUUUAUAAAGAAAUGUUAGAAAUGCGAGAAACAGUUCAGAAAUUAGAUAAUGUCGUUCAGCAACAAAGUGCCCGGAUAUACGAUCUAGAAACAACAGUUACCAUCCAAAGAAACCAUAUUCAAGUUUUAAUGACUGAUAAGAAAACUGACAUAGAAUAUCGAAAUAAACUGGAACGUCGUUUGAAAGUGAUUGAAAAUCAUUUUGUUGUGAGACAUUCCGAUCCGAAGGAGUAUGGUGUGAAAAGCAGUACUAUUUCUAAACACAAAAAUGUGGAUCAGCAGGAAAAUACGGAUUACAAAAGUGGAAUUGUGAAAGAACCGGUUAAUCCUAAAUUGAAUGCAAUUUCUCGGAAAGAACGUCUACUUUUACCAACAGAUAACAUAGACAGCGAUGGAUUUGUUGCGUUCUAUUCCUACAUGUCAAAACCAGAAAUUAACCCUAGUGCUCAUCUAACAUUAAUAUACGACGUCCCUAUUACAAACGUAGGAAAUGGGUACAACCAUGUGACUGGAAUCUUCACCGCACCAACGAGUGGUAUUUAUGUAUUCAUAUGGGUAACCAGAGUUUAUUCCGGGGAACAUUCUACCGAACUCAUGAUAAACAACGCCGAGUAUGGGACCACCUUCCUCAGGGCAAACAAUGGUGAUGAUGGUUCUGUAAGUGGGAACGUUGUGGCUAAUAUAACCAAGGGGGAUUCGAUCUUUGUGCGCGUCCAUUCCUCAUAUGCCGGUACUGGAUACAUUCAUAGUAAUAUACAUGGUCGUCCAUCAUUUUCUGGCUGGCUUCUACGUUGA